AUGGACAAGAUGGUCGAUGCAGAUAGCAAACCCAUUGCUAGACACGAUACUGAAGUCCUGUCCGAGCCUUCCCUUCCUCGGGGCAAGAUAUCGCUGCUAGCAGAUAUCAAACGAUCCCCGAAGGUGGCAGGAUAUUGUCUCGCCCUUACUUCCGGCAUUAUCUUAUACGGCUACGAUCUGGCCAUUGUAUCCAAUGUCUCCUCUAUGCCUGAGUUCCAGCGCGACUUCGGUCGCAAGCUCGAUGGCAAACUGAUCAUUCCGUCCCUCUGGCUGGGUCUCUGGAAUGACCGCUUUGGCCGACGCUCCUCUCUGGCGCUCGCAAGUAUCAUAUCGGCAAUGGGUGUGGCGGUCGCCUAUGUAUCGAAUCUCCCUGGCGGGAUUGAUGGCCGGCGAGCGGUCUUCUUCGUAGCCAAACUAGUCCAGGGCUAUGCCGUCAACAUGUUAACGUGCACAAUUCAGACAUACAUGUCCGAAGUCCUGUCUCCCACGUUGCGAGGCCCCAUCCUCGCCUUCUUCCCCCUCUUCACAUUGCUGGGCCAGCUAAUCGGCAGCAUCGUCGUCUUCACGUCUCUGAAGGAGAAAGGCCCCGGUGGCUACCUGAAGUGUUUCAUCUCACAAUGGCCGUUCUCAGGCUUGCCCCUUCUCGUCUCCAUUCUUCUCCCCGAAAGCCCAACGUGGCUCAUCCGCAAAGACCGAAUGGACGCAGCCCGGAAAUCCCAACGCCGCCUAGACACCCCGAGAGUGGACUCGGAAGCAGCCAUAGAGAAGCUGUGCUCGUCCAUUCGGCACGAGGAUGAGCAGGCGCAAAACCAUCCAGCCGGCUACAUCGAAUGCUUCCGAGGCAACAACCUCCGUCGGACCAUGAUUGUCUUAUACGCUAAUCUGAUCCCGCAGCUGUUCGGUCUGACCCUCAUGUCCAAAUCUAGCUAUUUCCUGCAGAUUGUCGGCAUGGGCGCAACCAAUAGUCUUCUGUUCCUCGAGGUUGGGAUUGCGCUUGGUCUGAUCGCCAACAUACUCAGUAUGUGGACGCUAUCUCGGUUUAACCGCGUGCCACUUAUCAUGUUCGGGUUGGCGAUCACGACUGUCCUGUGGACUGGCAUGGGCAUACUAGGCUGUUUCCAGGGCGUGGUGACUAUCUGGUGGUCCGCAGUCACAAUGAUGCUCGUCAUUACGUUCUGCGGCGCAACGGCCUGGCCAGCAUCCUAUGCCGUCGGGGCCGAAGCAUCUUCGCUCCGUCUGCGGGCUACAUCGCAGGGCUUGGGAUGGGUGAUCAACGGAUUAUCCAACGGGGUCUUUGGCCUCGUGUUGCCGUAUAUAUUUAACCCAGACGAGGGUGAUCUGCGUGCCAAAACAGGGUUUGUGUAUACGGGCUUAUGCCUCCUAGGGCUGGCGGGAACAUGGUAUGUCGUACCCGAAAUGAAAGAUCGGACACCGAUGGAAAUCGAUCGGAUGUUUGAAAUGCAGCUCUCUGCGCGGAGGUUCAAGACGCAGACGUUCGACGAUGAGAGCGUAAGGGCUUCUUCUCCCAAGAGUGGGACCACAACUCCUGUGUAG